GAAACUUUUCGCGGGCUUUGGGUACUCCGCGCGAAAAAUUAAGAAAACUCUUUUACGGUCGCCAAGAGUGUGCUGUCCGUUUCGAUCAAAAUGGCUGAUUCAUCUGAAUCUUAUCAUAUGAUAACAAGCCCCCGCAGCUCUCGGCGUGGGGAUGCUUUGACAUCAAGUCCAGGACGGGACCUUCCUCCAUUUGAAGAUGAGUCUGAAGGUCUUCUUGGAGCAGAAGACCUCCCUGACGAAGAAGAUGAUGGAGAAGAACUGAUUGGAGAAGGCAUGGAGAGAGAUUAUCGUGCAAUUCCUGAGUUAGAUAUUUAUGAAGCAGAGGGUCUGGAUGAUGAGGAUGUAGAAGAAUUAACAGCUAGCCAGCGAGAGGCAGCAGAACUAACCAUGAGACGGAGGGACAGAGAAUCUGGUGGCAGACUGGGACGCAUUCGGAUGGACCUGUUAUAUGACAGUGAAGAUGAGGAUGAAGAUCGCCCAGCUCGUAAGAGACGGAUGGCAGAGCGGGCUGCUGAAGGAGCUGCAGAAGAAGAUGAGGAGAUGAUUGAGAGUAUUGAGAAUCUAGAAGACAUGAAGGGCCACUCAGUUAGGGAAUGGGUAUCCAUGGCAGCACCUAGACUUGAAAUCUACCACCGCUUCAAAAAUUUCCUGAGAACUCACGUUGACGAACAUGGGCACAAUGUCUUCAAGGAGAAAAUUAGCGAUAUGUGUAAAGAGAACAAGGAAAGCUUGGUGGUGAACUAUGAAGAUAUAGCUGCCAGGGAACACGUGUUGGCUUACUUUUUGCCUGAAGCACCUGCAGAGAUGUUGAAAAUCUUUGAUGAAGCUGCAAAAGAGGUUGUGUUGGCAAUGUAUCCAAAAUAUGACCGUAUUGCUAAGGAAAUUCAUGUCCGUAUUUCAAACCUUCCACUAGUGGAAGAACUUCGCUCCCUCAGACAGCUGCAUUUGAAUCAACUGAUCCGUACAAGUGGCGUAGUAACCAGCUGCACAGGAGUCCUACCACAACUCAGUAUGGUGAAGUACAACUGUAAUAAAUGCAGUUUUAUCUUGGGGCCCUUUUUCCAGUCCCAGAACCAAGAGGUGAAGCCAGGCUCCUGUCCAGAAUGCCAGUCGACUGGGCCAUUCGAAAUAAACAUGGAAGAGACUGUGUACCAGAACUACCAGCGCAUCACAAUUCAAGAGAGCCCUGGGAAGGUAGCUGCCGGAAGACUGCCCCGUUCCAAAGAUGCCAUUCUGCUUGCAGAUUUGGUAGACAGUUGCAAACCAGGAGAUGAAAUUGAGUUGACUGGUAUCUAUCAUAAUAACUAUGAUGGAUCCCUAAACACUGCCAAUGGCUUCCCUGUGUUUGCCACAGUCAUUCUAGCAAAUCAUAUUACUAAGAAGGAUGACAAAGUGGCAGUGGGUGAGCUGACAGAUGAAGAUGUGAAGGCCAUUGUUGCGUUAUCCAAGGAUGAAAGAAUUGGAGAGCGGAUCUUUGCCAGCAUUGCCCCAUCAAUCCAUGGUCAUGAAGAUAUUAAGAGAGGAAUUGCACUGGCUCUUUUUGGUGGUGAACCAAAGAAUCCAGGUGGCAAACACAAAGUCCGUGGAGACAUUAAUGUUCUGCUGUGUGGAGACCCAGGUACAGCUAAAUCACAGUUCUUGAAAUAUGUGGAGAAGGUAUCCAGUCGGGCAGUCUUCACUACUGGCCAAGGAGCAUCUGCUGUCGGUUUAACUGCGUAUGUUUCAAGGAACCCAGUCAGCAAAGAGUGGACAUUGGAGGCUGGGGCUUUAGUGCUUGCAGAUAGAGGUGUAUGUCUGAUUGAUGAGUUUGACAAGAUGAAUGAUCAGGAUCGAACCAGCAUUCAUGAAGCCAUGGAGCAGCAGAGUAUUUCCAUCUCUAAGGCAGGCAUAGUCACUUCUCUUCAAGCUCGAUGUACUAUUAUUGCAGCUGCUAACCCUAUAGGUGGUCGCUAUGAUCCUUCAUUGACCUUCUCCGAGAAUGUUGAUCUGACAGAGCCUAUUGUAUCUCGAUUUGAUAUUCUUUGUGUGGUGCGUGAUACUGUUGAUCCUGUUCAGGAUGAGAUGCUGGCUCGAUUUGUAGUAAAUAGUCACAUAAAGCACCAUCCAAACAACAAAGAUAUCAUGGGUACUGCAGAUGAAGUGGUUCUUCCAAAUCCGUAUGGUGUGGAGCCGAUACCUCAAGAAUUGCUGAAGAAGUAUAUUAUCUAUUCGAAAGAGAAGGUCCACCCUAAGCUAAAUCAAAUGGACCAGGACAAGGUGGCAAAAAUGUACAGUGAUUUGCGAAAAGAGUCCAUGGCCACUGGGAGUAUCCCUAUUACAGUACGUCAUAUUGAGUCAAUGAUCCGUAUGGCUGAAUCACAUGCUCGCAUGCACUUGCGUGAUUAUGUGGUUGAAGAUGAUGUGAACAUGGCUAUUCGGGUAAUGCUGGAAAGCUUCAUUGACACCCAAAAAUUCAGUGUCAUGAGAAGUAUGAGGAAGACAUUUGCUCGUUACUUGGCAUUUAGACGGGACAAUAAUGAGCUGCUGCUUUUUGUUCUGAAGCAGCUGGUAGCAGAGCAGGUGACGUACCAGCGUAAUCGUUAUGGGGCACAGCAGGACACCAUUGAGGUUCCUGAGAAAGACCUAGUAGACAAGGCUCGACAGAUCAACAUUCAUAACCUGUCUGCAUUUUAUGAUAGCGACUUGUUCAAGAUGAACAAAUUUAGCCAUGAUGUGAAGCGGAAGCUGAUUUUGCAGCAGAUCUGAACACAGGAUAUACAUUGAAAAAUGUAUGGUCUUGGCCAAAGUUUGCAAACUGAUUUAAUCCUGCAUAUUGGUUUCUUUCUGCAGAAUUGCUAGAACAGUUUCACUUUGCAGUGGGCUUGGCAGGAUGUUAAUUUCCAAGCACUUUUUCACUUUUCUGCAGAAUUUCCAGUUAUCCUGUGCUUUUCAGGUAGUGGCUUUAUUUUGGAGAGUGCUCAUUUACUGUUGUAAGUAAGUUGUGGUCUCCCAAAUAUGCAGAACAAGUAGAAUGGUUUGUCUUCUUUUGCUGAAGAACUGGAAAGAGAUGCAACCAGGCUGGUGUUCUGAGUUUUGUGUAUGUUUUUUUUUUUUGGGGGGGGGGGGAGCAGUAUUUGUGCAUAAAUUCAGCCGAUGACAUGUACUGAAAAGAGCAAUUUGGGAAGUAAUGUAAUUUUCCAUCCAUAUGUUGUAAUAAGUAAAGUAUUUGGCAUUUGAUUUAAAUGUACUAUACUUUACAUUUUCUACAAGUCAUGCUCAGUUCUUGUUUUGAAGAAAAUGUGUAUAGUUGCUGAACUAUAUUUCUUCUGGGAGGGAGAUGGGAAGGAAAAUGAGAAGUGCUACACAAAUGUACAGCUAAAACUAACCAGUUCACUUCAGUGCAGCAUCAUGAUUUUCCAUGCAUAUGUUGUUAGGUGUACAGUAAAUUACUUUUUGAUAUCUGAAUUAAAUGUUUUCAUAUUUAA